AUGAAAAAGAUGUACCCGGAAGUGAAACUAAGAACAGAUACUAGUCAUGGUCUCAGAGAUAGUAAGAUAGCUCAGUUGUUACGAGAUUCACUAGGAAAUACAACAUGUAGAACUUGUAUUAUAGUUCAUGUAUCUUCAGCUUUACCACAUCAUACAGAAACUUUACAAGUUAUACAAAUGGCAGCCAGAAUGCAUCGUAUGAAACGUAGAAAAGCUAAGAUUUCAAGUACAAGCUCAGAAGACAGUUCUAAUGAUGGUAGUGGUAAUUUUCAUAGACCUUACCGAGGAUUACGUAUGGGAACAUUGCGAGAAGAUGUUUUGUAUUCUUCGUCUCUUUCAGACCCAGAUAAUUAUACCUCAAGUAGUGAACAGUCUUGUGACACUGCUAUAUAUCUCGGUUCUAAUGGACACUCUCACAGUGAUCGUGAUUUUACAGACAAUGAAGGUCCUCCUCGUUCUGUGCCUAGAACAAAUCCUCGUCUUCCUCGACGACCUGGUGGGUCAAGGUCAUCAGGUGAUGAAGGUUCAGCAUCUGACAGUGGUAGGAGUAUGACUUAUUCAGAUCAUCACAGAGUAAUGACAUCACCAGGAAUCAGGCAGGACAUUCAACAGAAUGUUCUUCAAAUGCACUCAGCACCCAAUUCACCACAGCAUCACUCACCAUCAUAUUCAUCUCGUCAUGUGAAUCCUCAUGCCAAACCUCUUGUCUCAAAACCACAGUUGCCUGCUGAUGUCAGAGAUGGAAGUCCACAUUUACCUGAAAGAAGUCCAAAACAUGGUCAAAGCAGUCGAAGACAGAAAGUUUCUGACCCUCACAAAUCUGUCAAAGGUGAGCAGUGGAUUGAUGGUCCAGGUGGUGCUAUUUAUACCGAACCUACAAAAGUUAGUGAACAGUGGGUAGAUGGCCCACAGUUGUUUAAGAAAGGACAUCCUCAAUCACCUAAACCUGAAUCUUCAAGAAAGAAGUUAAAGAAUGUUGUUGUAAGUUCAGAAGAAAGAUGGAUUGAUGGACCUCGUGAAAUGAUAACUGGUAAUAAAACAACUUCUAGCAGUAAAACACCACGUGAAAUACCACCAUCUUCACCGAGUCCAAAAUUAAAACAUGCUUCAAGUUCUGGAUUAAAACAAGCUGUUAUUAAACAAAUAGAUAGUAAAUUAAUUAGACCAGAUAGUAUGAUUAGUACAGAUAGUAAUAUAUCAACUCAUGUGGAAGCUGCUUCAUCCCGUCCUGUUAGUAUUUCUAGUAAUGAUGGUACUACCACUCAAAUUAAAGAUACUAUUGAUAUCAGUGAAAAUAUGGUUGUCAAACCUUUUGUUAGAGACUGGGUUGAAAGACAUCAUACAGAAAGUGAAUCACAGACGAUGGUUGGUGCUGAAGAUCUUACCAAACCCAAAUUUCAGGAAUCAGUCAUCAAGAAAUUACAAACUGUAGCUUCCAAUUACAAAUCACCUGUUGCUUCUCCUGCUUUAUCUAGGAAAGAAGAAGUGUCAUCCAUCUUCCCAAAAGAACCAGACACAUCAAAACGUGUUACAGAAUGGGUUAGGUCUGUUUCUACAGAAAUCCCAGAAAUUUUGGAGAAUAGUUCUGUGUGCAUGGCAGAUGCUGAAACAAACACAGAUCAUGAUUCAGACUUUGAACAAAUAGCUUCCAAAGUGAAAUUAAAUGUAACUUUUGAUAGUGCUGAACCAGAAGUGAAUAUAGUGGAUACAAGUUAUGACAGUGUUGAUACUAGUGAUUGUGUUAGUGCUAGAGACUCUAUCUAUGAAAUAGAGGUGGAGGAACGCCUGGAAUCUAUGCAUCUUCUCUCCAGUCAGUUAACAGACAAUGAAACUCUCAGUAGCAAAUCUUUUAAUGAUGCAAGUGACACUUUGGAAAAAGAGAUUCGUGCUAGUGCUAAAUUAAGUAGUUUGGCUGUCAGUAAUGACAGCAGCUUAGACAAUUCAAAAAGUGAAACUGUUCUCGAGCCUUCUCAAUUAUUAUUGCUACGCAAACCUGAUGGUGCUUCAAAUCCAAACUUAACUAAAGACACCUUUAUGGAGAAGAGCUCCAGUGAAACUUCAAAUGUAAAGAUUGAUCAGAUAGAAAUUGUGGCCAAUGUUAUGCAGCAAAAUGUUACAGUCUAUGACAAACCUUCUACCUCUAGUUUUGUAAUGGGACCAAACAAAAAAUCUAAAUCUGACAAUACAGAUACUUGUGUUCAGGACAAAGCCAAACCUACUGUGAAAUCAAAACCUCCCUUACCCCAUAGACUUAAUGGAGCUAUGAAACCUAGUUCUCUUCCUAAACCAGCAUCAUGUCCAAGUAGUCCUCGACAAACCCCUUCAACUCCAUCUUCAAAAGACAAUUCACCUGAGAAAAAACAAAAAUCUUUGGUUCUCAAUAGCAUUUCUAAAACCAGUGAUAACAAAGUAAAGAACAAAACAAAUGGGUCUGUUUCAAAUUCUUCAAGCAAUGGUGUUGUCAAGGUGACAAUGAAGCCAAAAACACCAAAUGGUAACAGCAAACUACCUCUUUUUUCGAAAGGCUCAACAAAAGAGUCCAAAAUAAAAAAGAAAGAAAAGGACUUAAAAAGUGCUAUGAAAGUGAAUGGACAAGUUAGUGACCAAUCAGGUAAAAAACAGUGCAAUGAUUCAGACAGUGGAAAUGAUAGUGGUAUAGUAUCUGUUGAUAGUAAAAAAUUAUUAUCACCCUACUCUAAAAUAACCAAACCAAGAACACCCAGUCAUUCUAGUAGUGGUCAUGGUAGUGAUAAUAGUAGUUCAAUAAGUACCGAUAUACAUUCAUCACAUCAUGGUAGUAAAUCUGAUAAAAUACAUGGUGGUACUAGUAGUGGAUAUGAGAGUAUGUUACGAGAAUCAGAAGCUAGUUGUAGCUCGGAGAAUGAUGAUAGUGCUAGUGAAAGUUCUGGAGAGAAAAAGAAAGGAACAAAAAGAAAGGGAACAAGAAGGAGUAGAUCAGCUCCUGGUAGAGCAUCAGAUAGUCCUCCAGAUAGUUGUCGUCAAAGUCCAGCUACUAAAAGAAAACCAUCCAGUCCAUCCAUGAAGUCUUAUCAUGAAACUAAACGGAAAGAAGAACCAAUGGAGAUUAAGUCCUAUACCACUAAUGAUGUAGAAAGAUUACAGAGAAAAUGGAUUGAUGAUGAGACUAAGUCAGAUCCACGCAAAGAACAAGUUCGUCAGCUUCUCACAAAACAAGACACAUUAAAACAAGAAUUAGUUACAGCUAAAGAGAAUAUAAUGAUGGAACGAUCAGGAUGGAGUUUUGAUUUAUUUGUGGCAGAGCAUGCUGACUUAAACGAUCCAAAUAUUAUUGGUGCACUAGUGAAAGAAACAGAAAUACUGGAAAAGAGAGUUAUUGCUUGUAAAUCUCAUUUAAUGAUGGUCACUUGUUUUGAUUCUAAAAUAUUGGAUUGA